UUCGCUACGAUCCCUCUUAGUGUUUGUCUCCACACCUCUUAUACUCAAAUACCCGCAUAUAGUGACAAUAUGACGCGCGGGAUACUGUUAUUGCUCGCGUUUUGUGCUUUUGCCGCUGCAGCUAUGGUGAACCGGGAACGGAGAGCGGUAAACACGGAAGAUCAGCAGGAGCCCUCAUUAUUAACAUCACAGCGACUUAUAUGCGAACCACAAACGCCAUGCGCCUGGUCCAUUUACAAACCGGGCCCCAAGUACUUAACACUCAACUUAACAAAUACAUAUUGUGUGUGCGCUACUGGUACUGUUUGUCAGAUCCACGAAGAUGACACAUCAGUGAAUGCGUACAUCCACCGUUGCCGGCCGCCGCCGCAAGAAGAGGCUGAAUAUUCUGAGAGAUAACGGGCGGACAUCACACUGGGAUCUUACAGCCCAAAGCAACCUGACUGACGUCGCUUCUUCAGUUCCUCAGCUAAUAUUAAUUCCAUACUGAAUAAUACUAAAAAUGUCUACGUAACAUAUUUCAUUUUUAAUCAUAAGGAAUGAUUACUAUUAUUACUUGUAUUAAUAGUAGAGCUCAUUCGAUAAUCGGACGAUUUACAAAACAGGCAUUGACUGAAUAGAUAUAUUAUGUUGGUGAUUCUAUUUGACACGCGUCUAGAUUUGCUGAGAUUGAUUAUAAAUUGUUUAUAAAAGAAUGCCUACUUCGUCAAUCAAUUUUAACCACACAAUAUAUUUCUUGGUAUUAUUCUUUGACUCCGCCUUUUAGAAUUCACUUAAUUUUAUAAGUUAUUAUUAAUUUCAUAUUCAUUACAUUAAUUUAAUUUUAUACUAUUAUAGAGUACUUAUUAGUUUUUAUUGGUAUAUAUAUAAUUGUAUCCGACUUUUUAUGGCUGAUCAAUAAUGAAAAAGCGCGUCGUUUUGAAGUUCCUAUUUUUUAUGUAAUAUUUCAAACAACAAGUUAAUUAUACAUAAUUAUUUAAUUAUAAGAGAAAAGCUAGAUUUUUAUAGUGUUUAACUACUUCUUUGACAUAAUAAAACCGUAUUAUUAGUUGAAUUAAUUAGACUCAUUCUGUAAAUCCAAUGUUGGACAAAUAAAAUGCUACAGAUAGAACGUUACUGUCUUUUUUUGCUGCAUGCUGCAUUUUAUUGAACUACACCGUAGAUCAGGUGAACAUUAUAUAUACCUAUUGCUCUAUAUUAAUGCGUAGACACACAAGUAAUGGCAAUUAAGUCCUUCAAAACUUUGCGGUUUGAUUAAACUGACCACCAAUUUGGGCAAUAUUUACCUAGAAAUUCAAUAAACUAUUAAAGCAAUCGACUGCGAAAGAACAAUAUAUCAAAUAUUUUUUUUCAAUUCGUAGAUACCUAUUUAGGUAAUUAGAUAGGUAUCUAACCGUAACCUUUUAUAGGGUUGAUUUCAAGGGCCAAAAGCAUAACUUUGCCAAUACAGUUUUGCAGUUAGAAACAAUCUGAUGGGUUAGUUUGUUUAUCAUUCAAAUUAUAUAAAAUAAAAACAUAAACUUGCCACAUUACUGAUAUCAUUAGUACUUUAACUAAAAGGUUACUUUGUACUUGGGUUGGGGUUAUACAUAAUGAUGUUACCCAUGUGAUUUUGUAACGUUAAUCCGGUCAUUUUACGUAGAUAUAAUUAUAAAAUUCUGCAAUAUUUUUUGUUAUUUUUAUUUG